AUGGCUUCCAAAAUUAAUAUUGGCUUCAUAGGAUUAUCAAAAGGACGUUGGGCUGAGAAUGCUCAUGCGCCCUAUUUGCAGAAUUCUCCAAUUUAUACCAUAAAAGCAGUAGCCAAUUCAACAAUUGAAUCAGCACGAUCCGCUGCAAAUGCGUUUGGUAUUGAGAAAUACUAUGGUACACCAGAGGAAAUAGCACAAGAUCCAGAUGUUGAUACGAUUGUUGUAUCUGUCAAAGUUCCAUUGCAUAAACGUUUGAUUACGCCGGCUGUACUACAAGGAAAAAAUGCUAUUGUUGAAUGGCCUCUUGCACGAAAUCUUCAAGAAGCAGAAGAAUUAGCUGAAUUAGCUCAAUCAAAAGGUAUAAAAACAAUGGUCAUAUUGCAAGCACGUCAAUUAUCAGUAAUUCGAAAAAUGAAAGAAAUUAUUGAUUCCGGAAAAUUAGGUCAGAUUCUUUCUAUUCAUAUAUAUGCCAGUGGUAUUGGUUGGGAAGGUCCAGUCGAUACUAGCAAUGCUUAUAUUGCUAAUAUUGAAAAUGGAGCAACGUUGGUUUCUAUACCAGGUGGUCAUUUAAUAGAUGCUAUGUGUUAUGUAUUUGGAGAGUUUGAAUCAGUGACAGCAACGACUCACAAUGCAAGAAAAACCAUCGAAGUUCGAGAUGAUAAAGGAAAUAAGCUUCGAGACGAACCAAAAACAUCGUAUGAUCAGAUGACUGUUAGUGGAGUUUUAAAGUCUGGUACAUAUGCAUCGGUUCAUUUGCGUGGUGAUUCUUAUAAAAGUGCUAAUCUACUAUGGGGAGUAGAAGGUACUCAAGGUGAAUUACAGAUAAAAAGUCCACUUGGGCAUUUGCAACUUUCAUCGCCGACACUUUAUGGCAGUUUUAAUGGUGGAGAUAUGACAGAAAUCAAAUUGGAUGGAGAACAAAAUCUUUCAUUCAAUGUUGGUCGAGCAUAUGAUGAAUUCGCCAAGAAAGAUGGUGUUUAUCCGACUUGGAAAGAUGCGGUAGUUCGUCAUCGAAUGAUCGAAGCUAUUUAUAAGAGUGCACAGACUGGUACGAAACAAGAAUACAAAACAACAUAUUAA